AUGACAGGGGUAGCAGUGACGUGGGUGGGUGAGCGCAGACGGGGCACUGCGGUGGGAGAGGCGAGGGAUGGGCGAGAGUGGGGAGACGGGAGAGGGGAGGGUGGGGUGAGAGGAGGGUGGGAUGGAGGGAAGGGGGGGGAUGUGAGGGUGAUAGGAGAGCUAAGCCCACCAGGUGGUCACACUCACAUCCAUUCCCCAGUCUGUCUUCCCUUCCAUGUCCCCCCAUCCAUCCUUCUAUGCCCCUUCUUUUCCCACCCUGCUACGCCCACCAGGAGAUCCCUCCUUUUCCUCUCCCCUCUUAUAUCAAGCCCUCUUAAGUCACUCCCCGUUCCUCUCCUGCCCCACUCCACCCUCCCGAUUUUCGUCCCCUACCCUUUAGCUGUGAUUCUCCUUCUUGGGAGGAGCCACGUGGCAGUGGUCACGUCAGCAGGUUUCAAGAUAUUCCGCUGUGCUGACAUGGCGCGACCCGUCAUGAGCCACCUGGGCGUGGGGCCGACAAAGUUCUCCCUUGACCCAUUCUCUCAGUCCCUUGACCUAUUCCCUCAGUCCCUUGACCCGUUCCCUCAGUUUUUUGACCGAUUCCCUCUGUCCCUUAACCCAUUCCCUCAGUCCCGUGACCCAUUCCCUCAGUCCCUUGAUCCAUUCCCUCAGUCCCUUGACCCAUUCCCUCAGUCCCCUGAUACAUUCCCUAAGUCCCCUGACCCAUUCCCUCAGUCCCUUGACCCAUUCCCUCAGUCCCUUGACCCAUUCCCUCCGUCCCUUGACCCAUGCCCUCAGUCCCUUGACCCAUUCCCUCAGUCCCUUGACCCAUUGCCUCAGUCCCUUGACCCAUUCCUGAGACAUUCCCUCAACAUUCCCUCAUCCCUUGACCCAUUCCAUCAGUCCCUUGACCCAUUCCCUCAGUCCCCUGACCCAUUCCCUCAGUCCCUUGACCCAUUCCCUCAGUCCCUUGACCCAUUCCCUCAGUCCUUUGACCCAUUCCCUCAGUCCUUUGACCCAUUCCCUCAGUCCCUUGACCCAUUCCCUCAGUCCCCUGACCCAUUCCCUCAGUCCCCUGAUACAUUCCCUAAGUCCCCUGACCCAUUCCCUCAGUCCCUUGACCCAUUCCCUCAGUCCCUUGACCCAUUCCCUCAGUCCCUUGACCCAUUCCCUCAGUCCAUUGACCCAUUCCCUCAGUCCCUUGACCCAUUCCCUCAGUCCCUUGACCCAUUCCCUCUGUCCCUUGACCCAUUCCCUCAGUCCCUUGACCCAUUCCCUCAGUCCCUUGACCCAUUCCCUCAGUCCCUUGACCCAUUCUCUCAGUCCCUUGACCCAUUCCCUCAGUCCCUUGACCCAUUCCCUCAGUCCCUUGACCCAUUCCCUCAGUCCCUUGACCCAUUCUCUCAGUCCCUUGACCUAUUCCCUCAGUCCCUUGACCCGUUCCCUCAGUUUUUUGACCGAUUCCCUCUGUCCCUUGACCCAUUCCCUCAGUCCCUUGACCCAUUCCCUCAGUCCCUUGACCCAUUCUCUCAGUCCCUUGACCCAUUCCCUCAGUCCCUUGACCCAUUCCCUCAGUCCCUUGACCCAUUCCCUCAGUCCCUUGACCCAUUCUCUCAGUCCCUUGACCUAUUCCCUCAGUCCCUUGACCCGUUCCCUCAGUUUUUUGACCGAUUCCCUCUGUCCCUUAACCCAUUCCCUCAGUCCCGUGACCCAUUCCCUCAGUCCCUUGAUCCAUUCCCUCAGUCCCUUGACCCAUUCCCUCAAUCCCUUGACCCAUUCCCUCAGUCCCUUGACCCAUUCCCUCAGUCCCUUGACCCAUUCCCUCAGUCCCUUGACCCAUUCCCUCAGUCCCUUGACCCAUUCCCUCAGUCCCUUGACCCAUUCCCUCAGUCCCUUGACCCAUUCCCUCAAUCCCUUGACCCAUUCCCUCAGUCCUUUGACCCAUUCCCUCAGUCCCUUGACCCAUUGCCUCAGUCCCUUGACCCAUUUGCUCAGUCCCUUGACCCAUUCCCUGAGUCCCUUGACCCAUUCCCUCAGUCCCUUGACCCAUUCCCUCAGUCCCUUGAUCCAAUCCCUCAGUCCCUUGACCCAUUCCCUCAAUCCCUUGACCCAUUCCCUCAGUCCCUUGACCCAUUCCCUUAUCCCCUGAUACAUUCCCUAAACAUUCCCUCAUCCCUUGACCCAUUCCCUCAGUCCCUUGACCCAUUCCCUCUGUCCCUUGACCCAUUCUCUCAGUCCCUUGACCCAUUCCCUCAGUCCCUUGACCCAUUCCCUCAGUCCCUUGACCCACUCCCUGAGUCCCUUGACCUAUUCCCUCAGUCCCUUGACCCGUUCCCUCAGUUUUUUGACCGAUUCCCUCUGUCCCUUGACCCAUUCCCUCAGUCCCUUGACCCAUUCCCUCAGUCCCUUCACCCAUUCCCUCAGUCCCUUGACCCAUUCCCUCAGUCCCUUGACCCAUUCCCUCAGUCCCUUGACCCAUUCCCUCAGUCCCUUGACCCAUUGCCUCAGUCCCUUGACCCAUUCCUGAGACAUUCCCUCAACAUUCCCUCAUCCCUUGACCCAUUCCCUCAGUCCCUUGACCCAUUCCCUCAGUCCCUUGACCCAUUCCCUCAGUCCCUUGACCCAUUCCCUGAGUCCCUUGACCCAUUCCCUCAGUCCCUUGACCCAUUCCCUCACUCCCUUGACCCAUUCCCUCAGUCCCUUGACCCAUUCCCUGAGUCCCUUGACCCAUUCCCUCAGUCCCUUGACCCAUUCCCUCAGUUCCUUGACCCAUUCCCUCAGUCCCUUGACCCGUUCCCUCAGUCCCUUGACCCAUUCCCUCAGUCCCUUGACCCAUUCCCUCAGGCCCUUGACCCAUUCCCUCAGUCCCUUGACCCAUUCCCUCAGUCCCUUGACCCAUUCCCUUAUCCCUUGACCCAUUCCCUCAGUCCCUUGACCCAUUCCCUCAUCCCUGAGACAUUCCCUCAGUCCCUUGACCCAUUCCCUCAGUCCCUUGACCCAUUCCCUGAGUCCCUUGACCCAUUCCCUCAGUCCCUUGACCUAUUCCCUCAGUCCCUUGACCCAUUCCCUCAGUCCCUUGACCCAUUCCCUCAGUCCCUUGACCCAUUCCCUCAGUCCCUUGACCCAUUCCCUCAGUCCCUUGACUUUACCCAUUCCCUCAGUCCCUUGACCCAUUCCCUCACUCCCUUGACCCAUUCCCUCAGUCCCUUGACCCAUUCCCUCAGUCCCUUGACCCAUUCCUCCCUUGACCCAUUCCCUCAGUCCCUUGACCCAUUCCCUCAGUCCCUUGACCCAUUCCCUCAGUCCCCUGACCCAUUCCCUCAGUCCCCUGACCUAUUCCCUCAGUCCCCUGACCCAUUUCCUCAGUCCCCUGAGACAUUCCCUCAGUCCCUUGACCCAUUCCCUGAGUCCCUUGACCCAUUCCCUGAGUCCCUUGACCCAUUCCCUGAGUCCCUUGACCUAUUCCCUCAGUCCCUUGACCCAUUCCCUCAGUCCCUUGACCCAUUCCCUCAGUCCCUUGACCCAUUCCCUUAG